AUGGGAAUACCCACGGCCCCAGAUGAUGGAUCUGUUCGGCAAAGGAGCACCUCUGGCCUAAUUGAACGGACGAAGACCCCCGCUACUCGGGAAACCUUGAAACGUGACUUCGCACGUCUGGGCAUCGAACCGGGCGACGUCGUGCUUGUCCACUCCUCGCUCCGAUCCCUGGGAUGGGUGAGCGGAGGACCCGUGGCCGUCGUCCAGACGCUGCUCGACGCAGUCGGGUCGGACGGAACCGUAGCGAUGCCAGCCCAUUCUGCUGACCUUACGGACCCGGCCAACUGGUGCGAUCCUCCCGUCCCGACGGACUGGGAAGAGAUCAUUCGCUCCACCAUGCCCGCAUACGACCCGGCCACGACACCCACUCGCGACAUGGGAGCCGUCGUCGAGGUGUUUCGUACCUGGCCGGGGACUCUGCGCAGUUCCCACCCCUCUUGUUCGAUGGCAGCGUGGGGCCGACACGCGGAGGAGAUCACGGCGCGUCACAAACUGAGCGAUCCGCUGGGACCCACGUCGCCCUCAGGCGUACUCUAUCGUCUCGACGCCAAGAUUCUACUGAUCGGAGUGGGCUUUGACCGUUGCACUGCUCUGCAUCUUGCAGAGCACAUUCGAUGGCCGAAUCGGCUCACCGUCGAUGAGGGCGCACCUCUCAUCGUGGACGGACAGCGACGUUGGGUGGAGUUUAAGGUCCCGAGGGUCAUGGAUGAUGAGGACGAGUUUCUUGCCGUCGGCGCUGCUGCCGUAGUCUCUGGCGUGGCAAGACUGGGAACCGUCGCAAUGGCCCAAGGCUUCAUCGCCCCCAUGCCGCAGCUGGUCGAUUUCGCUGUCGACUACUGGAUCCGGACGCCACAUCCCGCCGAAAUCGAUGAUCACGGCAGUGACGAUGCCAACAUGGCUGCAGUACCAAGGGACGAUUAG